CAGGCCCAUCUCAUCCUUUUCCCAAUCCGACUCUCAGCGAGAGAGGCAGAGCGGAGCAGAGGACCGACCUCGCGUCCUCGCCCGCUCCCCGCUCGCGCCCGGCCGCCGCCGCUUCUUGGCGCUCGCGCGCGGUCGCCGCCGCCGCCGCUCAGGUCUCGUUCCCGGCUCCCCCGCUCCUCCCGUCCUCCGGUCCACCCCGGCUCCCUCGCUCCGUCGCUGCCCGGCCAGGGCCAGGGCCAGCCGCCGCCCGCCGUGGUCUCCUCCGGUGAGUCCGGUCCUCCCCCGUUCCGGCGCUGCCCGCCCAGCCGCCGCGGUUUCCUCCGGGCUCCGGUCCUUCCCCGCUCCGACGCUGCUAGUCGUGGCCUCGUGGGUGACAGGAACUGAAGCAGUGGCGGACCCAUGAAUGAAAUGAAGGGUUGGGCUUCCCAAAUAAUUUGUCUCUUGCUGCAUUUAGCUCACCCGUCCUUGGAAAUGGCAGCACCGAAGCCCAUUACUCGCCUUAUUUCCCAUGUCAUUCUUGAUUUGGAUGGUACCCUUUUAAAUACAGAUUGCAUCGUAAGCCAAGUGCUGAAACCAUUUCUUGUUAAAAAUGGGAAAAGGUGGGAUAGCAAGAAUGCUCACAAGUAUGUUGGAAAGACGCCUUAUGAAGCUGCAGCUGUUGUUUUAGAAGAUUACGGCCUCCCUUACUCCACCGAAGAGUUCCUCUCAUUGAUUAAUCCAAUGUUCAGUGAGCAAUGGGGUAACUUAAAAGCUCUUCCUGGAGCUAAUCGGUUAAUAAAACAUUUGAAGAGUAGCAGGGUGCCAGCUGCUAUAGCUUCCAACUCUUCAAGAUCAAACAUUGAGUCCAAAAUCUCGUGCCAUCAAGGAUGGAAAGAGUAUUUCUCUGCACUUGUUGGUGCUGAUGAAGUAGAGUUAGGAAAGCCAUCCCCAGAAAUAUUUCUGGAAGCUGCAAAAAGAAUGAAUGCCGAUCCUUCAAAUUGCCUAGUAAUUGAGGAUUCUGUGCCAGGUGUUACGGCUGGCAAAGCUGCAGGAAUGCAUGUCAUUGCUGUCCCUUCAGUACCCAAAAGGACCGAUGAAUUCAGUUCUGCUGAUGAGAUUAUCAACUCCCUCCUUGACUUAAAGCCUGAAAAAUGGGGUUUGCCACCCUUCAAUGAUUGGAUUGAAGGUACCUUACCAAUAGACCCAUGGUUUAUUGGUGGACCUGUGAUCAAAGGAUUCGGCCGUGGUUCUAAAGUACUAGGAAUACCAACAGCGAACUUGGCUGCAGAAAACUUUUCCGACAUACUGUCAGAGCAUACAUCAGGUGUAUACUUCGGGUGGGCUGGACUUUCGAAGCGAGGCAUAUACAAGAUGGUCAUGAGCAUUGGCUGGAACCCUUACUUUGAUAACACAGAGAAGACUAUCGAACCAUGGCUGCUUCAUGGUUUUGAUGAGGACUUCUAUGGAGAGGAGCUGCGCCUUGUUAUUGUUGGGUACAUACGACCCGAGGCAAACUUUCCUUCGCUCGAGAGCUUGAUAGAAAGGAUUCACGAGGACGGGAGAAUCGCAGAGAACGCCCUAGAUUUGCCGGAGUAUGCCAAGUACAAAGACUCGCCGUAUUUGAGAAACCCCUUGCAACAGGGCGCUUCUGCUGACGGGAACGAGGCAGAGCCAGAGUUUAUAUAAGUUUCUUGAAGCGCCCAGUGAGAGGCCACCACACAUUCUCUACGUCGGAGAUAAAAGGCAUUUCUUCUGAUGCAGAAACAAUGUCACUAUUUUAAGAGUAGCGGCGGUGCCACUGCGUUAUGGCCAGUUUGGUCAUUGCCCAAACACAAACAGGGAUGUUGAUUGCUAUUCUACUGUGUAUACUUGGAUUCCCAUUAUACAAUACAAUGAGAAUUGUGAAGAUGGCAUGUUGUGAGUGGAAA